AUGUCUGGUACAGAAGAAAUUGAUUAUGAAGCUUUACCAGAAAAUGCAUCCUUGCCAUCUCAAUUAUUAGCUGGUGCAUUCGCUGGUAUUAUGGAACAUUUAGUUAUGUUCCCAAUCGAUGCAUUGAAAACAAGAGUACAAUCGCAAACAUCAGGCUCUGUUCCUAAAAAUAUGAUAAAGGAAAUUUCUAAAAUUACAACGACAGAAGGUUCCAUGGCAUUAUGGAAAGGUGUACAAUCAAUGAUUUUAGGUGCAGGCCCUGCUCAUGCCGUUUAUUUUGGUACUUAUGAAUUAAUGAAGGCAAGGUUAAUUACACCAGAAGAUAUGCAUACUCAUCAACCAUUGAAAACAGCUAUUAGUGGUGCCACUGCUACUAUUGCUGCUGAUGCAUUAAUGAAUCCAUUCGACACAAUUAAGCAACGUAUGCAAUUGAGUAGUAAAACUUCUACUUGGAACGUUACAAAAAACAUUUAUAAAAAGGAAGGUCUACGAGCUUUUUACUAUUCAUACCCAACUACAAUAGCAAUGAAUAUACCAUUUGUAUCAUUGAAUUUUGUCAUAUAUGAAUCUUCGACUAAGAUCUUUAAUCCUUCAAACAAUUAUAACCCAUUAAUACAUUGUAUAUGUGGUGGGUUAAGUGGUGCAACUUGUGCAGCUUUGACUACUCCUUUGGAUUGUAUCAAAACUGUCUUGCAAGUUAGAGGUAGUGAGUCCGUUUCAUUAGACAUAAUGAAGAAGGCUGACACUUUCACUAAAGCUGCCAAAGCCAUUUAUCAAGUGCACGGCUGGGGUGGUUUCCUAAGAGGUUUAAAGCCAAGAGUCGUUGCUAAUAUGCCGGCUACCGCCAUUUCAUGGACAUCAUACGAAUGUGCUAAACAUUUCCUAAUUGUGUGA